AUGGAAAACCCUAACCUCGACGGCGCCGCUCAAACACCCCCAACCGACCAAGGCAGACACGAAAACACCUCUCCCCAUCCAUCCAAUUCUUUCCUAUUCGCGCCGUCGUUCUCCAACAUUAACUUGCAACGGAUGGCAACAAAGGUUGCGUACUUGCCGGAGUCGGCCAAGUCCGAUCUGAUCACCGAGGCUGCGGCUAAUCACUCUUCCGUACUGUAUGAUCUCCUUAAACUCCUCUCCCUACCUUAUCGCCAAACACCUCUGGUGUUACCCGGAAGCCUCUCCGUGGAGCCACGGGUGGUGGAGCUUGCACGCGUGGUGGCCCGGGACGAGAGUAGGAAAAUCUACGUCCAUAUUCUGAGUGGUGAGACGAGUAUGAACAACCUAUAUGGUGCUGUUAGGGAAUUUGGGGAUGUUGAAGCGCUGGGAUUUUGUUGGUCUACCACUCUAGCUACGGUCAAGUAUUUCGAUCCCCGGGCGGCAAGACGAGCCAUCGAAACACCUGUUGAGGUUAUGAACAGGCAUCACCUCCGAUGGCACUCGCUCACCACGGUUUGUUCUAUCUGCCAGAGGGGUGGUUUGUGA